AUGCAGAGCAAGUCGCCGGUGGUUGAUGCAAAAGAGCAAAUGAAAAAGAAAACUCCAGAAGAGCUGGCUCAGAUGGCUAUUGUGAACCGUGCAUUCUCUGCUGAAUCCAGUGAUGAUCCACCACCACUUCUUCAGAAGCGUUCCGAUCGACACUGGAGCCAUUGA